CGGGAUUCGGAGGCUCUGAACUCACCCCCGGGAGAGGGCGGGAAGGAAAAGCCGGAGUCGGGAGCAAGAGCCGGAGCCGGAGCCGCAGCCCCCCAGACUGCCUUGAGGUCUCCAGAUCAUUUUAUAUACAUUCUGAUUGGAUCCUUGCCACAGCCCACGAGGUGAAUGCUACAGGUUUAUAAUACUGAAGAGGAAGCUGAGGCCAGGAGAGGUUAAGGAGAUCUGACCACGAUCAGGCAGGAGGAUUCAAAUCAAGUCCCAAGUUCAAGGCUCUCUCCACAAAAGGGAGAAAACCCAAGAAGGGAAUGGGGUAGGAAACAAGCCAACCUGAGCCUGAGACUGUACUGUGUGGCUGAUCGCUGCUCCCCGUCACCGCCGAAGGGAGAGGGGACUGCCCCUCUCUGUUUUCCCUCCGGACCUCCAUUCCGGCAGCUGGAGGAUCUAUCCCUUGGCCCACUGCACAAUCCUCGGUCAAAGUUAGACGAGGGGAGAGCCAGAUCUCUGCUUCCGCAGAGGAUCCCGGGGCAAGAAUUUUUCCAGAGUUGAAAAACAACAGUAAUCCUGACAACUGAGACUGGCUCCAUGUAUCCAGAAUCCACCACGGGCUCGCCAGCGCGGCUCUCCCUACGCCAGACCGGCUCCCCAGGAAUGAUUUACAGUACUCGGUACGGGAGUCCCAAAAGACAGCUUCAGUUCUACAGGAAUCUAGGCAAGUCUGGAUUACGUGUCUCCUGCCUGGGUCUCGGAACAUGGGUGACUUUUGGAGGCCAGAUCACCGAUGAGAUGGCAGAGCAGCUGAUGACCUUGGCUUAUGAUAAUGGAAUCAACCUCUUUGAUACGGCUGAAGUCUAUGCUGCUGGAAAAGCUGAAGUCGUAUUGGGAAAUAUCAUUAAGAAGAAGGGAUGGAGACGGUCUAGCCUGGUCAUUACAACCAAGAUCUUCUGGGGAGGAAAAGCAGAGACUGAGAGAGGCCUGUCCAGAAAGCAUAUCAUAGAAGGUCUGAAGGCUUCUUUGGAGCGGCUGCAGUUAGAGUACGUGGAUGUGGUGUUUGCCAACAGACCUGACCCUAACACUCCCAUGGAAGGGGACCCAUUUAGUUCUUCCAAGUCAAGAACAUUCAUCAUAGAAGAGACUGUCCGAGCCAUGACGCACGUCAUCAACCAAGGAAUGGCCAUGUACUGGGGUACAUCCCGCUGGAGCUCCAUGGAGAUAAUGGAAGCAUAUUCAGUGGCUCGGCAAUUUAACCUAAUCCCACCGAUUUGUGAACAAGCUGAAUAUCACAUGUUCCAGAGGGAGAAGGUAGAGGUGCAGCUCCCGGAGUUGUUCCACAAGAUAGGUGUGGGCGCAAUGACCUGGUCUCCUCUAGCAUGUGGAAUUGUUUCUGGAAAAUAUGACAGCGGGAUCCCACCCUACUCAAGGGCCUCACUAAAGGGAUACCAGUGGCUAAAGGACAAGAUCCUGAGUGAGGAGGGCAGACGUCAGCAGGCCAAGCUAAAGGAACUCCAAGCCAUCGCCGAGCGCCUGGGCUGUACGCUCCCCCAGCUGGCCAUCGCCUGGUGUCUGAGGAACGAGGGUGUCAGCUCCGUAUUGCUAGGUGCCUCCAACGCUGACCAGCUGAUGGAGAACAUUGGUGCGAUACAGGUCCUUCCCAAAUUGUCGUCUUCCAUCAUCCACGAGAUUGAUAGUAUUUUGGGCAAUAAACCCUACAGCAAAAAGGACUACCGAUCCUAAUCCUCCCUUCCUCCCUCCCUUUCCAACCUGGAUCUGCUUGGACAGUUACUGUUUCCCUCCUAGUCUCCUGUUCGCUUGCUUAAGCUGUUAUUGAAGCAAGGUGAAGCCUGUGCUUUUGCAUCCAAGAAUACAUGUCGAGAUGUCCUAGGGAAGAUCUUUCAGACGUUGCUGUGAGACAACAUACGCUGCUUUACUAUAAUAAAAUUUAUUUCGUGCUCAAGAAACAGUCCGGGUGAGGAAGACUCCCCCAACGUGUUCCGCACCCUCCACAGGCCAUCUCUGCUCAGCUCAUCCUCUUCGAAAAAGACAACCAAGGUUUACCUUCCCUCCUCUUCUGCCUCAUCAAAAGGAGGCUCCCUGAACCAAAUCCUAACCUAGAACUGGUUUGUGUUGUCUGAUCAGAGACAUGGUGAGUUCUACCUGGAAAGGCCCCCAUCCACGUAUGUCUUCGAACACUUUGUUGUUUUUCUGUUUAAAAACACACACACACACACACACACACACACACACAAUGUAUUUACGAACUGUAGCUUCUCAUGAUAGUCUGAAUGUCUGUGUUGACCAGAUGGGCAGUAAGAGGACUUCCAGAAUAGCCCCUCCCUUUACUCCCCAGCUAGUACAGAUUGCUAUCAGGCCUCUCUCAGUGAUAGCUGUUGAUUCUUGUGUAUGUUUCUCAACAGAACACUGACCCAGGUUUGGAGGGCUUGCUCAAACAACACUUUCUUCCCACCCCUACCCCACCAUUGUCCUACACUCUUACUUAUGUGGAAAGGCCUACCAAGCAGGCUUCAGGCUUAAUGUGAGAUGCUAAGAGGAAACAGAGAUGUCCUCUCACCUACUCUCCCUGACUUCCUUUGACGUGGACCCAGUUAAAGUCAGCAGAGUGGAUCCAGAGUCACCUGAGAAAAUAAGAUUUGUGUUUAAGGAACCCUUUUAGAAAUGACCCUUGUUUAGGAAGGAGAACCUGAUUUGUUUAACCAUACAUCGUGUGGGUUUUAAAAAGAAGUCCAGGGGCAGCUAGGUGGCGCAUUGGAUAGAGCACCAGUCCUGGAUUCAGGAGUACCUGAGUUCAAAUCCGGCCUCAGACACUUAACACUUACUAGCUGUGUGACCCUGGGCAAGUCACUUAACCCCAAUUGCCUCACCAAAAAAAAAUUAUUAAAAAGAAGUCCAGCAGCCACAUCUUUAAAAUCAUAGGAGAGGGGCAGCUAGGUGGCACAGUGGAUAAAGCACCGGCCGUGAAUUCAGGAGGACCUGAGUUCAAAUCCAGCCUCAGACCCUUGAUACUUACUAGCUGUGUGACUCUGGCAAGUCACUUAACCCUCAUUGCCCCACAAAAAAAAAUCAUAGGAGAGAGUGGCCACCUCUGAAGCAUUCUUCACCAAAAUUGAUAUGAUUCCCUCCAUCUCUCUUUCACCUUAUCCUACUUUGUAAGACUGAAUGGCAACUUGGAGUUAUUGAAUAAUAUCCCAAGAUAGAAAGACCAAAGCUUAGACUCUUAGAUUUAGAUAAAGAACAGACCUUAGAGAUCCUCAAGCCCCAAGCCCCUUUUAUAGAUAAAAAACACUGAGGUCCAAUGAGGUAAAGUGACACAAGGGGACAGAUUAACCCCAGUCCUCUGACUCCCAGUUCAGGAUUCUUUCCACUAACCCCCGCCCUCUUUAUCCAUACAGAGAUGAUUCACUUGAUUCCCUAUCAGCAGAUGCAUUCCUGGAAAAGGCUUGCCAGCCCCUUCUUUCCCAUAUCCUUCCAAGGUAGCUAUUGCCACGUUAGCUCUCACCUGCUCAGCGUGGUGCCAGAGAGGCUGGGGGCACCUGGUACUUUAUGUCCCCUCCAUGGCCUGGCCUGGAGCAGGGUGGCUGGAAAUCCAGGCAGGCAGCAAUGCAGCUCGCUCUCAGAACCUUGGGGUUCAGGGAUGUGACUCCAUGCUACCUUGGAGACUUUAGCCAGAGUGCGGUUCCCCCAAGACAGUCCCACACAAAAACCAACACAUACACACACACACACACACAACAUAACACACAUACACACAAUGCAGUGAAAAUCCAAAUCUCUCAGGAAAUAAGGAAGGCCUAGGCCACCCAGGAAACUCCCACAGGGGCUGAUUUUGUCCAUCCCCCUGUCCUCAAACAGAGGCUGGUAGCCACAGUAGGUCAUAAGAUUGUGACAAAAGAAAGAAUGUAGGACAAUGGGAAAUCACAUUCCCCCUUCAGCCAUAUUCUUCUUCCCUUGCCCUGCCCCCAGUGUCAAUGGCCAUUUGGAUAGUCUCCGUGUCUGGGAUGCAUCUGUUCUUACUCUGUGUUUCUGAGAAGCUGGUAUUCCCAGAAAUUCCCCUCUCUGACCUACUAAAAGGUCAGAAGGAGCUGGACAGAGGUUGCCCGUGGUAACUGGCAUCAAACAAGCCACACGAGUUCAUUAAAACCCAGACAUUCCACUAGCAAAUGGUUUGGAUUUGCCCAGGAACAAGAUAGAGGCUGGCCCUCAAUCCUUCCCUUAACAGACUAUUCCAGCAUCUCCCGAGGAGUUUAUCCCGACCCACCAGUAGGCACUAGUUAACAAGCAAUGAACCCUCCCUUCCUAGAAAAUGGGAAGGGGGAGAACAGAAAAAAAAAGAAUGUCUGAAUAACCACCAUCAAAAUCUUUGGGAACUCCUCAGCCACUGUUGGCUACUGUAAACUGAGCAGAGCUUUAUUAAAUGCUGGCUGUGUGGCAGGCACUGUAGUAACACUGGACAGAAAAAAACAGCCCAGGCUGGAGACCAUCCCUGAAGCUAAUUGACACGCUUAGUUACUGAGAUGUGUUCACCUUCCUUGUUCACGUCCACCCACCCACCUCAGUCUGUCUUGUUGUAAGAGAAGUUCCUGCCUAGCCCUCCCCAUCAGUCACCUGGUGAUUACAGUGAGUCCUCGGGAAAGCAGCAAAGAGGUGGUGCUGAGCAGUGAGCGAUGCCUGUGGUAAAAACAGCCUGGGUACUCUCUGUCCCAGCUCAGAGAGGAAAAACUCCCAGUAUGUGAGCUGAUAGCAGCUUCUGAAACAUUGCUUCUAGUUCUGCCCUGAGGGGCCAAGCAGACUGAGGGCUCUGAUCCAGGCACCACGGUGAGCCCAGAUGAACUCUGUGCUCAUCAGUUAAUCAGUCAAUCAACAAGCAUUUAUUGAGUGCUUCUCCUGUGCCAGGCACAUGUUGUUAAAUUCUAGAGAUACUGGAAUAAAGAAGGAGACAUGCCUUGGGGCACAGACAUUUUGGGUCUGUUCUCUGGAAUUGCUGCAGAGACUAAGAGCCUUACACCAUCCUGAGUGCCCAGGCGAAGGGGAUCAGAGUUGCAAAGGAUGGAGUCAGUGUGAAUUAAACCGCUGAAAAGGCCUGGAUCCAUAAUGCCUUUAUGGGGUGCCACAGGCCUCCCACACUACUACUCCCCAUACUUCAGGGUAGGUAGGAACUAAUGACUUUGGUCAAGGGCCCCUUGAUCCUUUGGGCCCUAUGUCAUCCUCUGUAAAACUGAGUGUGUGUGCAUCCCUUCCAACACUCACUCAAUGAUUCAGUGACUUGAUGGCUUUUGUGCAGCCAGCACCAGCUGAUGUGGCCCCAGGAUGAAAGGCUAGCCUCCUCCUUGAGCAGAGGUAGGAUGGAGGAAGAGUCAGGGCUUUCAUUGUUCCCAAGAGGAAGCCAUCUCUGCUUCCUUGUACUGACCAGCCCGAAUCCAUAGACUCUCGGAGUUAGAAGGGACCUUGACAGCCGUCUGGUCCGACCCAGACCUAAACACUCAUCCUCUCUAUAACACACCCAACAAGUGGUCAUACAAGUUUUUCCUUUCAUGGAACCUAAAUCUAUCUCCUGGUUCUGCUUUCUGGGCCAAGCAGAACAAAGCCAAUUUCUCCUCCAGGAGAUGACCCCUUUCAGUAGUAUUUGUUGCCAGGAAGGAGAGCUUCCUGCCCACCCAGCCAAAUAGGUAUGUCUUGAUCCAGCUUGGCCAAAGCUUGACGCCAUCAUAGCAGCUAUGGCAGGAACUUGAGCCAAGAAUGACCCUCGAUUUGACCCCUGGUUGGCCAUAGACUCAGUGGAAAGAUGAGAGAAUAUGGAAGUCCCAAGGAAACUUUGGUGAUGGCUCAGAUGCAUAAGUACUGAUGAUCAGAAUCAUGGGAUUUGAGAGUUGGUAGGGAUGUGAAUGGCCUGCUCAUAUCUAAAAAGAGACAUAGAUUUAGAGCUGGGAAGGACCUUAGAGACAACUGGGGCAUGGGUCCUUAAACUUUUUUAUGUCAUAGACCCUUUGGGAGCUCUAGUAAAGCUUAUAGAUGCCUUCCCAAAAAACUAUUUUCCAGUGCAUAAGUUAAAAAAUAUAGGAUUACAAAGGAAACAAUUCUGAAAUACAGUGAUCAAUUUUUUCUAAGUCCAUGAGGACCCCGGUUGAAGAACCCCUGAUCAAAGCUACCCCCCUUGAUUUCACUAGGUUCAACGAAACUCCUUUUAUAGAUGACCUGAGACCUGGAGGGUUGAAGUGAUUUAGGCAAUGUCACACAGCUAGUAAGGGUCAAAGCCAGGAUUAGAACCCAGAUCCUCUAGGUAGCUUCCUGGCCAUUUUACCUGAAUGGUGUGUAUUCUGCAUCAGCAAGAACGUAAUGGGUGUCAGGGUGGGAAAGAAGGUGCCUCCUGCUGGUGCCAAGGUAACGCCUCCCUAUCCCCCUGCUCCUGAGCCUAUCUGUCAACUGGAGCCAUUGGGUUUGUGAUUUGGAAAGCCGUGAUCACCAAGUCAGGUACUCAGCCACGGGCAUAGGCUUGGGAAGAGCACCUUCCCAGGCCAGCUUAGGCACAGGGAGGAAACAAGAGUCAAGAAAGCACAAGGGCAGCAGGGAGUGAGGCUCCUGAAUAGGAGGGGAGGAUGCCAAGACAGGAUAGGGGAUACGGCCAGAAAAAAAAAUAUAUAUAUAUAUAUAUAUAUUUCAAAGCUCUGUGGUCCAUUUAUGUCUGGAUUGGGGAUCUGACUUCUGUAAGAUACAGUAUUGAAUGUGGAGUGUUGGGUAGGUCUGCAUUCCUAAAAUAUCCCCAUUUAUAAAGCCAACAGAACUGGUCAGUCAUAGAGAACAUGUUUCCUGGGUUGUUUUUUACUUUGUGGGCACAGAUUAGGGGAGAGGGGAUGGU